AUGACGUGGAAGGAAAUGUGCUCCAGGAGGUCUCUGGCUUCCUCCUUCCUGACAGGAUCUGUUGCAAAAUGUGAAAAUGAAGGGGAAGUCCUACAGAUACCAUUUAUCACAGACAAUCCUUGUAUAAUGUGCAUUUGCCUGAAUAAGGAAGUGACAUGCAAACGAGAGAAGUGUCCGGUGCUUUCCAAGGAGUGUUCUCUGGUCAUUAAGCAGAGAGGAGCCUGCUGUGAGCAAUGCAAAGGUUGCACUUUUGAAGGUAACAGCUACAACAGCUCUAUGAAAUGGCAUGCCCCAGCUAAUCCAUGUAUCACAUAUCAAUGUCAGGAAGGAGUGAUGACAGAAUCUGAGAUGCAGUGUGUUGUUCAUUGCAAAAACCCUUCUCAGCUGCCAGGAAUGUGUUGCCCGACUUGUCCGGGUUGUAUAUUUGAAGGUAGACAUUACCACGAAGGGAAGGAAUUCCAGCCUGAAGGAAACAAAUGCACCAAGUGUUCUUGUAUUGGAGGCAGGACACAGUGCGUACGAGAAGGCUGCCCCAUUCUGUCGUGUCCCCAGCAUCUCAGUCACAUUCCUUCUGGACACUGUUGCCCCAAAUGUUUAGGCCAGAGGAAAGUGUUUGACCUCCCAUUUGGAAGCUGCCUUUUUCACAGUGAUGUUUAUGACAAUGAAUCCUCUUUUGUUUAUGAUAAUUGCACUAUGUGUACCUGCAGGAAUUCUACAGUGGUAUGUAAGAGGAAGUGCUCGCCUCCUGGACAAUGCAAUAAAAGCAAGGAACGCUGCUGCCAGGAGUGCGUCUCAUAUGUCUCUCCUGAGGAACUGAAAGUGUGCAAAUUCGGGAAUAAGAUCUUUCGGGAUGGAGAGAUGUGGUCCUCUGUUAACUGCACCAUCUGUGCUUGUGUGAAAGGCAAGACAGAAUGUCGCAAGAAGCAGUGCAUUCCAAUCAACAGCUGCCCUCAUGGUAAGAUCCUGAAUAGAAAAGGAUGCUGUCCUAUUUGCACUGAAAAGCCUGGAGUUUGCACUGUAUUUGGAGACCCCCACUACAACACUUUUGAUGGAAGGACAUUUAACUUUCAGGGAACCUGUCAGUACGUUUUGACAAAAGACUGCUCCUCCUCUGCCUCGCCCUUUCAGGUGCUGGUGAAAAACGAUGCUCGUCGGACUCGUUCUUUCUCUUGGACAAAAUCUGUGGACCUUGUAUUGGGCAGAAGCACUAUCAGUCUCCAGCAGCACCUCACAGUGAAAUGGAAUGGGACCCGGAUAUCACUGCCUUGCAAGACUCCUCAGUUUCAGAUCGACUUAGAUGGUUACUUGCUGAAAGUGACAACCAAAGCAGGUUUGGAAAUCUCAUGGGAUGGAGACAGUUUUGUCGAAGUCAUGGCUGCACCACAGUUGAAAGGCAAACUUUGUGGCUUAUGUGGCAACUAUAAUGGGCACAAGAGAGAUGACCUGAUAGGGGGUGAUGGGAAUUUUAAGUUUGAUGUGGAUGACUUUGCUGAGUCCUGGCGUGUGGAGUCUAAUGAAUUCUGUAGUCGCCCACUGAAGAAGCCUGUGCCUGAACUGUGCCAAGGAACAGUGAAGGUAAAACUUCGGGCCCACCGGGAAUGCCAGAAACUUAAGGCUUGGGAGUUUCAGAAUUGUCACUCAAUGGUGGAUUAUACUACAUUUUAUCGGUCCUGUGUAACAGAUAUGUGUGAGUGUCCAGUUCAUAAAAACUGCUACUGUGAGUCAUUCCUUGCCUAUGCCCGAACCUGUCAGAGAGAAGGGGUGAAAGUCCAGUGGAAACCUGAACAACACUGUGCAGCAACCCAGUGUAAACAUGGUGCAGUGUAUGACACCUGUGGCCCGGGAUGUGUCAAAACAUGUGACAACUGGAAUGAGAUUGGUCCAUGCAAUAAGCCAUGUGUUGCAGGUUGCCACUGUCCAGCAAACCUAGUUCAUCACAAAGGAAGAUGCAUCAAGCCAGUUCUCUGUCCACAACGGUGACAUUAGUUCUAUUUCCAAGGACUUUAAUGUUGGUAUCUUUGAUACCUUUGAAGCUCACGGCCAAUGAAGGACUGCACUGUUUGUACGCAGAUUCUGCAAAGUACAGACAUGCUCAGUGUGUGUGUGUAUGUGUAUAUAUAUGUGUGUGUGUAUAUAUAUGUUUGUGUCUAUAUAUAUAUAUAUAUAUACACACACAGGCACAUAUAUACAUUUAUUUAUAUAUACAUAGACAUAUACAUUUAUUUAUAUAUAAAUGUAUACUGUGUGUGUAGAUACACAUCUGUACACCAAAUAUAAAUACAGCAUAUAUAUAUAUACACAUACAGAGAAAUAUACAUCUUUUAUGUAAACUAUAGAAGGAUGAAUUAUUUUAUGUAUAUUUUUUGCUAUAAAGUUUAUGUAUUAUUUGUAGGAUCCUAAUCUGUAAGCCAUUUGAGUCAUUGUACAAAUAAAACAGGUGUUUUUAAUAUAAUUUAGUAGCACAAAAACAUUGGAUGACUUUGCCAUUGCAUAAACUUGUUGUUGCCAAGAAAAUUUUACUAGGGCCAUUAUAUUGCCAGACUGGUUUAUCUUCAAUACAGAACCUAGAUUUACAGUUGUACAGGAAACACAUUUCUCUGGAAAUGGAGGAUUUAUCUAAGAAUAUUUCAUGCAUACCUCAAAGCUACCUAGUGAUUGGUGACAGUGCUUAAUGAAGCAGAGAGAGCUAGGGAUUGGCUUUCAUGCUUCAUUGAAUCACUGUAUAAAAUGACUUCCAAAACUGGAUUGGCCAACUGCCAAUAAGGAGAGAUUUGUUUUUGGAACAGAACCAAAGAAUCAAGGGCCAGAUUCUUAAAAAUGUUCAACAUCCAACAGCUCUCAUCAAAAAAAAUUGACCUCUUAUUUUAUAAACUAAAUAUCCUGUACAGAUUGUUAUAUUUGGCAGUAACAGGGAAAGAACAAUGAAAAAACUUCUUUAGCCCUUUUACCAUGUUUUAAAUCUUUAUUUUUGUUUCAUUGGUUCUUAGAAAUAUUAUUUAAUAAACAAAACCUAAAAGUGCACACAAAUAAAUGCAAUGUAAUUUUGAUGCGGCUUAGUACUUAAAAUAAUGUUGUAUCCCAUUUUUUAAAUAACUCAUUUAGUUAAUCAGAAUGUAUAGAACUCAAAGACAAAGAAUAGUGUACAAAAUGUUAAAUGAUAAAUGCUGGCAGCUCACCAGUUUCAUCUAUCUUCAUGAACUUGUAGGUUUGUGAAGUUUCAUUGACUGCUGAAAUCUUCCCAGUGGAGACUCAAUGAGCUGUGAUUCCACCAGACAUCAUAAUUUAUGCUGUACAGCUCUUUCAAUCCUAGGGGAUUUACACUUCCCUUGCCAUGGAAGCUUCCAGUAGGGCCUGAUCAAUGUGAGUCUUCAAUUGGUAUUUGAUGUGAACUUAUAAUGAAGUAAUUAUUUAUUUCCCCCACAGAGCUACUUCAAUAUAAUUGAAACUUCUCUAUCUUGAAUUGAAAUCGCACUUCAUAAUGCCAGGGGGAAAAAACCAGGACUUUAAUCUACUUCUCUUCGAUGGAAGCUUCACUGUGUCUGAAUUCACUCUGAAUAAAGGGGUGUAGCAGUCUUUAGUUAUAUAAUAUAAUUAUGGUGGUAAGCAGCUCUAACACAGCAUAAUCAUAUGCAAAAUGCUACACUAACAAAGCUAGGUCAAUAAUUCCAAAAGUUUUCCAUGAAUGUUUGUCUGAAAAAUUUAGAUUUGCCUUGGUCACUUCAUGAGCAUUUUGUGUUUACUUUUUCUGUGAACAUUCAAGUGAUUAAGUUUUACAGGUAAAAACACUUAUGGAAAGCAUAUUUCAAAGUGACACGUGAAAGUAUAUGUGGCAACCAAACAAUAAGGGCAUGUCUACACAGCAGGGCUAAAGCUAAAGCUAAAGCUACACAGCCCGGCUAUGUCAAUUACAUAGCUUAAGUCGAAAUAGCUUAUUGUGGCAUUUGGUGCUGUCUGCACAGCAGGAAGUCCGAC